AUGGGAAACAACAAUCUGACAGGGAACAUCCCAAGCUCCAUGCAGUAUUUAGGUGGUCUGAAAUCGUUACACCUGCAAAACAACCAUCUCUCUGGAGAAAUUUCUUCCUCUCUUCAAAACUGCAACAAUUUAGUAAUGGUUGAUCUCAGUGAGAAUGAGUUUAUUGGAAGCAUACCGACAUGGAUGGGAGAAAGGCUUUUGCAUUUGAUCGUUCUCAUCCUCCGGUCAAAUAAGUUAGAUGGCAUGAUACCUCUAGAACUUUGUCGUAUCUCCUCACUUAAAAUCUUGGAUCUUUCGAACAACAAUUUGUCAGGUGCAAUGCCAUGGUGCAUCAACAAUAUCACUGCCAUGGCAAUGAAGCCAAACUCCAGUGAUUUUACCUAUGGAGGAGGAGGAGGAGGAGGUCGUAGAUGUCAUAUCUAUGAUAAAUGUCGGCGCACUAUGGAAUCAACAACAUCUAUUUACUUGGAGAAUGCAAAUUUGGUGACAAAAGGAAGUAACUAUCAAUAUGACAAGAUUCUUACUCUUGUGGUUAGUGUAGACCUUUCAAACAACAAUUUAUCUGGCAACAUCCCUGAGGAAUUGACUGGUCUACUAGGACUCUUUUCAUUGAAUCUAUCUGGAAAUCAUUUGAUUGGUGUGAUUCCAAAGAAGAUGGGUGAUAUGGUGUCUUUGGAAUCUCUUGAUUUAUCCAAAAACCAAAUUUGUGGUGAAAUUCCUCCAAGCAUGUCAGGUAAAAUUCCAUUGAGCACCCAACUUCAAAGCUUCAAUGCUUCUAGCUUUCUCGGCAACAAGCUUUGUGGACUUCCACUUACAAAGAAUUGUAGUGUUGAUGGUGAAAAAACUAAUGUGGGAAAUGAAGGAGAUAGUGAAGGUGUUGGAUCUAAACUGGAUUGGUUUUAUUUGUCUAUGGCUUUUGGAUUUGCGGUAAAUAUG